AUGACUGGAAAAGGAGAACCGUGCCAAGUAUGCAGUACCUCCGAAAGAACCAGUUAUCAUUUUGGGACCACCACCUGCAUGGCUUGUGCCUCUUUUUUCCGAAGAACUGUCGCCUUUGGAAUUCGAUUUUUGUGCAAAUCAAACAAUAACUGCUCCAUAUCUCCAAAAGCUCGAUUCUUUUGCCGAUCGUGUCGUUUUGAUAAAUGCGUCAAUGUUGGAAUGAAUAAAUCUCAAGUUCAACAAAAGCGAGAUCUCAAAAACGCGCCGAAGUAUAUCAUGGAAUCGCGGAACUUGGGAGUUCAUGAAGUUGUGAGAGGAUAUACUACCACAAGACACGCUGCAUUACCUUCGAGCAACUCGACAAGCUCAGUGGAAUCAACACCAUUAUCCUCUCCAGUGGACUCUACAGCAGACCCUUCCCCAUCAGAGUUCAGUAUCAUACUGAACACUCACCCUGACGAUUUACUACAGUAUUAUGUAAAGCAGGUGGAAAUGUCGAUUGUUCAAAAACAGCUUUGUCUCGUACAGAAUACGCUAUUGGUAAACUCUGCAGAUGAACUUCGAGACCUUUCCGAUGUGCUCAAUGAUUUAUCAAUGGAAUCAUGUAUGAAUUGCCCAGGAGUUGAUAUUUUACGCCAAGAGGAUAUUGAGGUUUUACUUAAAACUUUUCAUUUUGCAAAUGUUUGGUUAGACGCAGUUUGGGCAUUUUCAAGGCAUUGCGAGUCAAUUUGCGACAGCACUUUUGAGGACAAUGAACCAUUGUACCAAUUUAUAAACCAAGUAAAAUCAACUCUUGGGUCAUCACUUUUUCAACUGAAACUCAAUAUCUAUGAAUUUGCGGCUCUGAAGGCUUUUUGUGUUUGGAAACUGGGAUACCACGACUCGACCAUUGCAAUUAAAAUUAUGGCAGAAGACCAAUAUAUUGGAAUCAGCUCCGCGCUCAGAAAAUAUUACAAAGAGUCCACAAGUAUGAGCGAUCUGGAAAUUGCAGCAAGGAUUGCUGAAAUUACGCUGCAAAUUGUACCAGCUACUACUAUUUACCAAGAUAUGAUUCGAUUCUAUCAACACAAAGGGAUCUCGAUAUGAAGUCGGUUUUGAAAAAUUGAAAUUUAAUAAAAAUUAAUAAAUUUGACAUUUG